AUGAACAACCAGCUUACACAGGACGCCGAACGUCUACGGAAGGACAUCGAAUCCAUAUUACCAGAUGCCCGCGAAUUCGAUAAAAAAAAGCCUCAAGAAAUUUAUUUCUCAAAAGACAGACAGGGAAAUACAAUAUACGCAGGUUCAUUACUGAAAGAAAAGGCGGAAAAGUUAGUGGUAGAGAUGAACAUUGGAGAGGGUUGGGGUUGGAAACUGGCGAUCUUCUCAGAACCCAGGCCGAUAAAAAAUGAGUUGAAGCAAAUGUACCUCGUGCCUUUGUCUGAUAAUGCAGUUAUAACAAGAGGGUCUUUAGAAGAAGGACUGAAGGAGAAAUCUUUCAGUUACAUUAAGGAUUCCCCUGUACUCAAUCCGGGUGCUGCUGUCAUCUUUAUUGCGCGUGCUUGA